CUGACCCUGACGAAACCGUGACCCACAGCAUAUGAAGAUUUCAUUGCAUGUCGUCACAGAAUCAACUCAAACUCAAGCGGAUAUCAUAAAAGAAAUAUACAUAUGAGCACAAUUGACCACCCGCAACAAUCUUCGGAGCAGACAGUUCUGAAACAGUGGAAGUGAAACUCAAUGUUCAGUGAAAGGGAGGAAGAGCGCAGUCUAUGAAUAGUAUGAUGCGUUUUUGCUGCUAGAGUGCUACUCAGAAAGGCUGUUUGAAGCGUGCACGAGCCUUGUGCAAAAGAAAACCUGCUCUGCGGCUCUUGAGACAAUGGCAUUCACCCUCACGCAGGCGGUGCCGUCUUGGCCUGUAUGCAGCGAAGCAGUUGUGCAAAGACGGGCAAGCGCUUCCUGCCUCCGGUCUGCUCCUUGCCAUCUGCAUGCACAGAGCACCUCUCUUUCUUCCCCCACCAUACACAAGUCAAUCAUCGCCCCAUGUAAGCGAGCCGCUUGCCGACAUGACCCCGCGACAUCAGCUCUCAGCAAUUUAGCAGGGAGAUUGUCUAGAAGGGCAGAGGCUCUGAGAGGAAGCCAUGGGCUUCGAAGUGUGAGAGUCAAUGCAGCUGGGGAUGAAGACCUCCCGCCGGAGUUGGCAAAUGAUGAGGACGGGAAGUUUGCAAAGAUCAACCAGGGGGACCCUGCAUAUGGCCCAGCGGCUUUACUUCUAUUCGGGUUUACUCCCGAAGAAAAGCAGGACGUAAAAGGCCUGCUCGACGAGAUCGGUGGAGAUUUUAUGAAAAUUGUUCAGGCGACCUCAGACAUGCUAGACGGGACGCUAUGGGACGCCUUUGGGCGGGUUCAAGUUCAAAACCCCCCAAACCUGGCGGUCGACGUCCCCCGGAUGUGCUUCAUUUCCGGACUAACCGGGGAGGAGCUCAUGAUGCUGGUGGACGCAUUCGGCAAGAGCAAGCUGCGGCGGCCCGUGUUUGCGGCGCUCGUGCCCAAGAACAAAGACAAGCUCCUACGGGAACUGAUCGACGAGGUGAUGGGCGACCACAGGAGGCUGGUCAUUGAGGGCAGACAAAGACUGCGAGAACAGCAGGCGAAAGCCAAUGGCUGAGACGCAGCCUACACACGAUAGGUGCAUCAAAUUACAUAGUACUAUUUUUGACCGGGUCUAGGGCACGCUUGCAUUCGCUAAAAUCGAGUACGCUGCCUUCUACCGUGGCAGCAAAGAGACAUAUCUCGCAUCGCCACCUCCGCUCGUAAAACACGUCGCCAUUUUGAUGCUAGAGCAGCUUCCAGAGAGCCAGUAACCUGGUCAAUACGAGACCUUCGUCUAGACGUCGGAUGGUCAUGAGCAAUAUGACCCGAGCAACUCAAUUCUGCAUUCCUAGAAUGUCGCGUCGCCGGACUAUUCUGUGGCGGCCCGCUUUGAGACACAUACAUACAGAUUCCAAGCUGGAGCUAAGCUAGAGCUUGUUGGCUUGAUGUUUGUAACCGUCCUUUAUCAAGUGAAGAAGGUUUUCUAUGAAAUGGCAACU